UACCGGAUAUAGUAUUUAGCCACUACCGUUGUUUCUUUUUUAAAGACGUGAAGCCCACCUGCCCGUCCGCUGACAGACAGCUGCGACUCCUAUGUGCACAGCGCUCCAGAGCCCGACGGAGGGGGCAGUGCUAGAGGCGGAGGAGCUUAGGAAGUUCCUGUAUGGCCGGUGUCCCGUUCCUACUUUGGAUUCAACUUUGAAGGGAUGACUGUCUGUGCUGCGAAAGGCUGUAAAAAUCGUUUGUCAAAGGGAUGCGGUAAACAUUUUUUCAGGUUUCCAAUGAAAAAUCCAGAAUAUCUUGCCAGAUGGCUUGCAGUCAUCCGUCGUGACAAGUGGAAGCCUUCAAUUUACAGCAGACUCUGCAGUGAUCACUUCACAGAAGAAGACUACAUGCUGCGGCCUGGCGCCUCAUACCCUUACCUGCGACUGGAUGCCGUGCCUUCUAUUAUCAAUGGAGUCCGUAUUAAAAAACCGCCCAUUAAAAAAUCUGCAAAAAACAAAGAUGCUGCCACGCCGCCAACUAAUGUGUCUCAGAAGCCGGCGUCCACCGCUGGAUCCAUGACGCUAGAAGCGGUUAUGUCUGUUGAGCACUCCUACUCGGCUGUCCCCAGUAAUAAGGAGAACGUCCGGACCCCAAAAGUGGACCCCACCCUUGUUAACCUAAGAAAGAAAAAGAGCUCGCUCCAGAAACAAGUUCUGAGGCAGAAGGCCAGGAUAAGCAGCAUGAAGAGCAUGAUCAUGCAGCUGAGGAGCAGCAUGCUGGACAGUGACCCUAUUCGUCUGGUGUCCAAGCACUUUAGCGGCCUAACUCUAGAUCUGUUCAGACACCAGGUGCAGAAGAACAAGAAGCCCAAAGUCAUCCAGUUCUCCAAAGAGGUCCGAGGGUUUGCUGUAACUCUGUAUUAUUACUCUCCAGAGGCUUAUGAACUCUGCAGACAGGUCCUAUCCUUGCCCGAUCUGGCCACUCUGAGAAAGUGGAUGCCAUCUGUGGUGGAGAAGGCACAGACUGAAAUGUUAAUGGACAAAGUGGCCACAGAUUAAAUGACACCUUAAGUAGAGAUGUCUUCUGACUCUUAUGCGCUCGGGCACUGUAUGAGGAACCAUAUAUACUGGUUUGAAUUCCUUCGCUGCAAUACCAUUUCUUGUAUUCUCCAACCAUUACAUGCCUCUAUGUGCGUCACCUGCAUACGGCAGAGUAUUAAACCUACCCGAUGUCGGUGGCAUCACUAUGACACGGCCUGACAAUGGACCAGGAGACCACAGCAGCCGAUUGUAGUCGGCUAGAUUUUUAGACUCCAUGCCUACUGAAUUUGUGCCUUUUUGUUGCAGGUAUAUGCUCCUGACUGAUGCCAUAAAUGGUAUGUUCUGAUUAAUGACAUUCUAUAGCAUUACAGUGGCAUAUGUCGCCCAGUGACUGGCAUUGUAAAAAAAAAAAAGUCGGUAUACUGGCCCAACAGAGACCAAAAGGAUAUUCUUUGGGUGAAGCGAGCCUUGUUAAUCGUAAUUCAUAUGUACGCCAUUCAUUUUUCUUGGACUAUACAGUAUCUUAAAGGGUAAUAUAAACACAAGACCAACGCUGGCCCACAUGCCUAAACUACAGUUGGUACAUGCAAUACAUAUUGCGGCAAAUUUUGGUGGCCAACAACUUGAAAAAAAUAUGAGUACCAGCUCCUACAGCAAAACACAGACCUGCAAAAAUUGAAGCUCACAGGUACCAAUACAAAAGAUAUACUUUACUGAAUUACACUUGUACAUACAUAAAAGACAUUGUGAUUAAAAAGGUAGCAGCAAGAAAAACACCAUCCCAGUGGGACACUGGCUACA